AUGAGCCAAGGCAAGAAGGAGCAAAAGGUGAGAAGCGUUGUUCCAUUGGAAUCGAAUCCCCAAGUGUUUACCAAUUUUGCUAACAGUCUCGGGUUAUCUAGUGAUUGGGCAUUAAUGGAUAUUUACUCGUUAACAGAUCCAGAUCUAUUAGCAUUUAUUCCAAGACCAGUGAAGGCCGUUAUUCUCCUCUUCCCCUUAAACGAGACGAUAGAUUCUUUGACUGAUUCGUUCAAAAGUGAUGUACCAGAAUCGAAAAAUGGUUCUAGUGCGCCAAUUUGGUUCAAACAGAACGUAAGGAAUGCAUGUGGACUUUAUGCUUUGUUACACUCGUUAUCCAAUAAUGCAAACUUGCUAACUGAUGGUUCUAUCUUGAAACAAUUUUUGACAGAGAACCCGGCAAGUGAUGGUCAGUAUUCUGAUGACGAUGCAGUCGAUGACUUCUUGGUAUCAAUUAGCGAGAUAUAUAACGAAAAUAGUCAGCAAGGUGAUACUGCUGCUCCUUCUGCAGAAGAGGAUGUUGAGUUACAUUUCAUAACAUUCAUUGAAAAGGACGGCUUACUAUACGAACUUGAUGGAAGGAGUAAAACAGGACCAAGAUGCUUGGGUAAAAUUAGUCCCGAUUCAGAUUUAUUGACUGAACCACUGGUAAAACAGAGAUUCGAAUGGUAUCACGGUAAUGCUUCCGAGUCUAUGAAAUUGCAGUUCUCAUUGUUAGGGCUAGGGCCAUCUCUAGAUUAG